AUGUCAUUAUUAGAACAAUUAGCGAGGAAAAGACUAGAAAAGUCAAAAGGCCCCUCAAAUACAAUCCAAUCACAAAACACUUCUAAAGGUGCUUCCUUGUUGGAAAGAUUGCAUAAGAGUAGAGAGGCAAAAGGUAACUAUGCUGCAUCCAAAAAAAAAGAUUUGAAGACUCUUCUUGCAAAAGACAAAAUUAAGAAAAAUGACGGCACUUCUGGCCAACACGCUUUUUCAUUAAGUCUAAAAUUAUCUCCCUUAAAGAAAUCAAACAGUGAUUUGGACAAAAAAGGGAAAUUAGCAGCCUCUGAAAGCGCGGAAAGUCAAUCCCCAGCCAAAGGAAGGCCAUCUAAUGUUGACACCAACCUUCAAGAUUCGUGGGAUGUCAUAAACGAAGUAAAUUAUUACUGUUCUUUAAAAGGGAACGUGCGGACAAACAAGUCCAACGAUUUUGCCUUUACAAACUUUAUUAUAAGCGACAAAUUAAAAGCAGCCAGCACAUCAUCAUCAUUCUUGUGUUUGCAGAAACAGUAUGAUGAGCUGUUUACCAUUUUCCAGCCUUCUACUCUUCCCAAAAAGGCCCAUGACAAAGCUAUUGAAAAUUUCACUAAACCAAGUCCCGAUGAUAUUAUACAAUUAGCUCAGUUGAAUGCCUUCAACGAAAAGUUAGAAAACUUGAAUAUCAAAUCAGCAUUCAAUGCCAAAAAAAAUGAAUUAAUUGAGCUUCAAACUCCUCCUACUGAGUCAAUAGAUAUCAAUUCAUACAUUGCGACGCACCCUUUAAAUUCAACAUGCUUAUUUUUCGGUGUUACGACUUCAGGCAAAACAACUCUACUUGGCCAUCUUUUAUAUGAACUAAAUGAAAUUUCUAUAUCGUCAAUAAGAGAACUGCAGAAAAAGGUUAAUAGUUUGAGUUUGCCAGCCUCCAAUCACUUCAAGAUUAUUUUAGAUAAUACAAAAUUGGAAAGAGAAAAUGGAUUCUCAAUGUGUAGGAAAAUCAUUCAAAUCGAAAAUGAUUUACUGCCGCCAUCAUCAUCCUUGACACUUAUAGACACACCUGGUAAUAUCAAAUAUUUUGAAAAAGAAACCAUCAACUCCAUUCUAACUUUCAACCCAGAUAUUUUUACGCUGGUUAUAGAUUGCGACUAUGACUCUUGGGAGAAGUCAUUAGAUGGUCUAAAUAAUCAGAUUUAUGAAGUCUUGAGAAUAAUCUCAUACUUAAACGAAAACUCUGCAUACAAAAAGCAAUUGAUAGUCCUUUUGAAUAAGGCGGAUCUGAUCAGCUGGGACAAACAGCGAUUAGAAAUGAUUCAAUCUGAGCUGAAUUAUCUGCUGACGGAAACCUUUCAAUGGAAAAACACACAGUUUCAAUUUAUCCCAUGCUCUGGUAUAUUAGGCUCAAACUUGAAUAACGCUGAGAACGUUGUUUCUAAGUCUAAAUACAAAUCUGAAUUUGACUCUAUAAAUGAUGUUCCCGAAUGGUAUGAAGGUCCAACAUUCUUAUCUCAUCUAUAUUCAUUAAUGGAGGCGAAUAUGAACAAGAUAGAAACAACGUUGGAUGAGCCAUUUAUCGGUAUAAUACUGCAAAAUCCUAUCCUCCAACCCACAGCAGAGCACAAUUGCGUGUCGCUUAAAGUUUUAAUCAAAAGCGGAUACAUCCAAUCAGGCCAAACGAUUGAAAUUCACACUCAUUAUGAAGAAGUCUGCCACUACGGUAUAAUUACAAAGAUGACGAAACCAAAGCUGACCUCGAGCCCUAAUACAAAAGAUUAUUUACCAAUUGGUGUGCACUCUGAUAUUUUGGAAGUUUUUGUUAAGAUUCACAGCACCGAAGAGCUUACCAAAAAGCAAGCUCAUAUACGUAAGAACGAUUUAGUAAUUUCCUCUAGGAAAGCAAGCAUUUCGUCACCAUACUUAUCGAAUGCAUUAAAGUUGUCAAUUUUGCCAUCAAUGAAAUUGUCAAUACAAACACAUUUGUUAAAUGAUCCUGUAAAUCUAGGUUCUGAGUUGAUUCUUUACCAUGAUUUAAUGUGCAAAACAGUUAAAUUGGUGAAAAUUCUUGGGACUAAUGCCACUUCAAUUAUCUCAAACCAAUCAAUAAUAGUUGAAGUUGAAAUCACGGAGCCAAAUUUUGCUCUUAACGUAAUCAAUUCUGAAUAUAUUACAAACUAUAUUGUUCUAACAACGACAGAUCAUAAAGUCGUUGCUGUGGGAGAUAUUGCAUGCCGAUAA